UUCUUUCUUCCAGCAGAUAGUUACCAAUACCAGUUGCAAUCGAUGUGGCAAAAAUGCUGGAACACCAACCAAAGUCUGGUGCACAACUUGCGCUUCCGUGAACGGGGACCGUUGAAAUCGUGGAGACCGGAAACCAUGGCCGAAGCCAUUUUCUCCGUACUGAAAGAGGGUCUAUCUUUGUCCCAAGCAGCCAGAAAAUACGAUAUUCCUUAUCCCACGUUCGUGUUGUACGCCAAUAGGGUGCACAAUAUGUUAGGUCCGUCUGCAGAUGGUGGUUCAGAUUUGCGGCCCAAAGGACGAGGUCGACCUCAAAGAAUCCUGCUAGGAGUGUGGCCUGACGAACAUAUUCGAGGCGUCAUCAGGGCUGUCGUUUUUAGAGAUUCGCAUCAAAUCAAAGAAGAACCACAUAUGACUACAUAUCCAAGAUUACAUAGCAUACCCACUCAAAAUCGAGAUCACGAGUCGCCAAUGAAUGACAGAUACCAUAAACUAAUGGACGGAGUGACAGUAUCCAGCUACCAAAACCAAAAUUCCUGCAGCAACGGUUCCGAUCCGAACGUCUCUCCAGGCGCAGCUGCAGCUGCGGCUGUGGCCGCCGUAGCCCAAGGUCUCAGACAGCAAAUGUGCAGUAUGGUAGCCGCGGCGCACAACCAAAGCACAGCCCAUGACACGAAUCCCGUAGCCAGCUUAGUCAACUCUCUAGCUUUAGCGGGCCAUUGCGGCAGCAUGUCGAUGCCCCCCAGUAAUGGUGCACCACCGAUGAGUUUAAGCCACAUAGUUUCGAUGCGCAACAUGAGCAGUCCGGCGGGUAGCAUCCAGGAUUUGAGGAUAAGUCCCGCGGAAUCUGCGAUGGAGAGUCCCAUUUCUUCGCCGCUCGGAUUGACGGUAUCUGGUUCGUUGGAACCGUCGAUUAAUAUGCACAUAGGAAAUAAUAUGGACGUCGGCAUAGGUGUGUCUGGUAUGACAUAUAAGCCAGCCAGAGCGUUCACCUCACCCAGGCCAGAGAAUCUCUUCCAAGAAGAUAUCGACGAUUUGGUCAAGCCAAUGCAUUCUUCCACGCCGCACCCGAAAGACACCAUGGCGACUAUCAAAAUGGAACCCUUAGCAGAAUGUCGAGGCGAAUGAACAGUAAAACGAUAUUACAAUUGUAAUGUGAUAAAUUUUAUUAAUUAAGUUUUUCAGUAAACAAAAAAAGAAACGGGGCUAAAAAUACCCGACAUUUUAUUUAUAUUGUUGAGAAGAAAUGGAAAUUUUAGUGUGUAGUAUAUUUUGGACAAUUUUAUAUAAUUUAUCUAGAAGCCAAAGUUUUCGGCCAGUUUCUAUAAAAAAAAGACUGUUGUGUAUAUGUAUACUAUUGUUCUAAAUUCAAAAUUAGACUAUAUUGAAAUAUCUACUGGUUUAAUCCAAGAACUCGUGCUCUGGAACUUAUAAAAACAGUUUUGGUAUUUAUAUUAUUUCAGAUUCGUUAUGGAACUAAGUAAGUGGAUUUCACUUUCGGUAUAUUCAAACUACUGCUGGAUAGUAGUUAAAAAAUCAAAUAUUUACUUUCUUAUGAAUAUUAAAUUUUUCUUGUUUAAUUAACAACAUUUACUUCUUAGAAAACAUUUGAAAACCUCUUUAAAAUUACUUCAAAAACGAUUUAGCAAAAGGUACAUUUAAACUAUUUUUUCAAAAAAAGUUCAAAAACAUACCUUGCGAAUAUUUCCUAUAAAUAUUAAGUGAUUCAGGUUGAAUUUUAAGAAAUAUACAUUUGAACUAUUUUGAAACCCACUGCAAGACACAUUAAAGAACGAUUCUUAAGGU